GCUUUUCGAUUCGGAUUCACGUAACCGCAGCGCGUCGCACCGGGCACGUGAGUAUCCCGGGUACGUUAAAAAGUCGUUUGAAAUUCGAACGUUCGACACCCCUCGAAUUCUCACAGUGGUUGUUCGGACUUAGUGACGUAAAACUGGGGUGCGGGAACGCGGAGUGAAAAGGAACAGGGUAUACCUGUUCGUCGCCGUGUAUUCGUAGUCUCUCCUUAGACUCCUCCGACGGACGCCGAGAGCUCGUGUGCGAGGAGAGGUGUACUCGUUCGCCUGCGUACGACGAGUAUAUGUGUAUGUGUGUAAAUAAUCACGCACGCAUAGAGUUCUCUUCGCGUACGGCCGAACGUGUACGAAAAAGACGGAGCGAGACGCGCGCGUACCGGUACCGCGCGGCGUCGCGUCGUAAGGCUCUCCGUCGAAGAGGAGAGAAAAAGAAGAGGACCGGGGAGCACGCGAGCGAUAAAGAGAGUAGGACGACGAAGAGAAGGACGAAGAAGUUUGAGAGCAUCGGAGGGGUUCGCGGCGCGCGCCAGGUCCAGUGGUAGGGAGAGGCUUGCGACGCGCAGCUUCCCCUCGACUCGAUCUAUCUCUCGUCUUACUUCCUCUUCGUCUGCGUCCCUCUCCUUUUAUCCCACGUUUCUCGUCGGCGCCCCCACCCCAAGGGCGGAAUUUUUUUCCUCCUCUUCUCGACUUUUUUCUCUUAUUUUUCCUAGUGGUAACUGUUGAAAUUUUUCUCCCCCGAAAUAAUGGUGGGGGAUCCCGAUACACGCAGUGUCUCUCAGAACCCGCAAUUUCCGAUCUGUUGCGCUCGAAAUCAACCCCCUCGAAUUAACGGCUGGGGAUACGAAUUUCGCGCUGAACUUCUGCGAGUUGCACUCGAAGAGAAAGAAAAAAAAGAAACAAAAAAGACGACUCGACGUUGCUGAGAAGAAGCGAUUCUUUCGAAGAAGAUUGUUCGAUCGUCGCCACUUCUGCACAGGAGGGAAGCUAGCUUUUCUAUCCUAGACGAAAUUGUUCCCGGGGAGCACGAGCUAUCGAUUUUCCGUAGGGAAGCGCGUUUCGGCGAGAUGAGAAUCCCGGUAUUGUAGGGCCCAGGGGCGCGCGGUGGAGUUACGGGAGACAGAGGCAGGAACGGAGGGAAAGAGGGGCCGUAGGGCCCGAUCGGAUCGAGUGCGGGGACCGUAUGGUGGGGAUAGGCGCGUGCCCGCCCGGCUAUAUAAGGCCCCGAACCCUCCACGACCAAGCAUUUCGGGAGCCACUACCACUCAGUACGCAUUGGGGGUGCGUGUUCUCCCACGAGUAAAGUUCGUUCAAAUGAAAGAAUCCUAGUUUUUUUUUUUUUUAUCACUGUUAUUUAAAUAUAUUUUACGUUAAAAUAACGCAACGGCGACCGUGCGUACAUCGAGAAAAGGCGCUGAACUAAAAGAGAAAAACAAAUAUAUCACGGUUUCGGUUUCCUACACACGCUUAUCGUUCGUCGUACCCUAUCGAGUUUUUCAUUGUAUCACUCGGCGAGAGAGGAGAACAGAUAAGGGCGGAAACGGGGUGAAAAUCGGAGGGCUGUCGACGCGACCGCGUUAAACGACUAGAAUAAAAUAAUAGUAAUAAUAAUAGAAUAAAUAAUAACAGUAAAAAAAAAAGUGGGAAUACCGUUGUGACAUGACCUUAGUGGGACUCAGAGAGGAAAACUUGAACGAUCUACCGAUAAUGUUGAGCGUACAGCAGCACCACGGGGGUAUAUUGGCGACGAGCAUGGGAUCGCAGAAUCACCGGGGGAACGUCAUCGUGUCGACGAACAGCGGCGGAAUGACCACCAUAGAGCCGAAAAUUCACGGCUGCAAGAGAGCCAAGCUCUACGCGCAGGCAACACCCUACGGGACCGUUCCUCAUCAGCCGGCAUCGGUGGCGAGAAGAAACGCACGCGAAAGAAAUCGCGUUAAGCAGGUUAACAACGGCUUCGCGACCCUGAGGCAACACAUACCGCAGAGCGUGGCUCAGGCUCUCGGGGGCAAUACCGCGGGUACCGGGGGCUCGUCCCGAGCCGGUAGCAAAAAGUUGUCCAAGGUUGAGACGCUCAGGAUGGCGGUCGAGUACAUCAGAAGCCUCCAACGUCUCCUCGAAGAAAACGACGGAUCGGAGUCGAGCGGAUCGACGACGUCGAGCGCGUCGUCCACCAGCGACUCCGGUCACCAAUCGGCCGGUGAGUUACGACUCACCGGCGACCUUCGCAAUCACAGUUCGGAGAUCCAACAUCACCUUCGCCAGAAUUCCGGAUCGUCGUUCAUCCCGCCACCCUCUUCGGAAGCCUCGAGCUCGCCGACGCCGAGUUUCGUUUCGGAAGCUUCGUCGGGGGGAGGAAGUCAAGGGUACGGUACGGCGACCGGUACACUCUACGCCCAACAUUCCGACAGCUACGAUAAUUACGAGCCCAUGAGUCCCGAGGACGAGGAACUACUGGACGUUAUUUCCUGGUGGCAGCAAAGUCAAUGAAUGCCGAGUCACCACCGGGUAUCGACGCCUGGUCUCCGCUGCUCUCGUCAGAAACGGCCAGUUAAAGAAAAAUCCAGUGCGCUGCGAUUGAGGAAGUGCGUAUAACUUAUACGAAGCGCUGACGGAGUUACAAAAAUCGAGAGUAAGAAAGAUAAAAAUAAAAAGAAAAAAAAGGAAAACUUGAGACGAAAGGGAAAAUAAUGGCGGCUGUUCUACACAUACUGUGAUCUAGUCAUACUCUGUAAAAUAUGAGAAACGAGACGAACGAAAGAGUGAAAAGAGGAACCACUUACGAGACUUGUAAAUAUAUAUUAAAAAUAUAUCAUAGGUUUAUACCUACGUAUUAAAAUUAACGAACGCGUGUAUGUACGGUACGGUAUAUACAUUACGUAUGUGAACGCGUGUAUAUGAUACGCAUUGACAAAAAAAAGAGAAUCCUACUAUUAGAUUUUUAAUAUUUUUUUUUUUUUUCGAAUAUAUAUAUAUAUAGUUUAAAAUGAAAGGAAGAAAAAAAAAGAAAAAUCUACAAAAUUAAUUUUUAAGACUAAUUAGUUGACGAAGCCAGUGUAAAUAUAGGAAAUAUACAUAUAUUAUUAUUUUUAUUAUUUUUCUAAACUAAAGUCGAAUCAGUUUGUUCUUUCUCUGAUGUUCCGUACCCUGAGUUGAACAUAUCUCUGUACUGGAAAUUUACUCGUUGUUCCGAAAUAAGAAAAAAAUCUGAUAAAAAUUAUCGGGGCAGAGAAAGAAGAAUGGAAAAAUGAAGAGAAUCCAAGCAAUACUUGCGUGUCUAAGUCGACGCAGUAAAGCGCAUUCGAAGGUGCCUUAAGAUAUUAUCAUCAUUUUUGUUUUUAUAAAUCGUAUAACUUAUUAUUAAUUUUUAUUAAAAGUAGAUCGCCCGAGUAAUAAUUACGUAACGCAUAUAUAUAAUAUAAUAUAGUGAACUGUAAACUGCCAUCAUCGCCUAACGCGAAACUAUUUUCGAGAAUUUCGGGAUCGCUGAAAAUCGAAAAUCUAUAAAUUUCCAAGUCGAUCGUCAAUGACGACAGAGACACGCGAUCCCGAGGGAAUUGAGUAGCGUGAAGAUAUUUACGUUUUAAUAUUUAUUUUUCUUAUUAACGGGUGUGACCCAAUUUACAUUAUUAUAUGCUCGAUGGCUGUACUACGUUAAAAAGUUGUUCGUUUCCUCGGUUAAAAUAAUCGUCUUUAAAAUCCGGAACACUCCGAAAACUCGUCGUACGGCUUACGGUUUCGUACUUCUUAUUUUUUCUUCUUUUUUUUUUCAUUAUUUCAAUUCAUUUUUCGUAAUUUUUUUUUCUUCCCUUUUUCUUAACGUUCAAUUUAUUCUUGAACGCACACGAACUGGGUCAGUUUACAUUUACAAACGUAUACUAUAAUACGCCGCAAUUGGAAGACGAUGAGAUGAAAAUAUAAUGUAAUCGAUCGGAUGAAAAUCUAGCCCAAACGAGAAAAGAAAAACGAAGAGAAAAAAAAAAAUUAUGCGUUCCGUGCCAGUGCCUUUUUGUAAAUAAUAUCGACAAAUCAGUUGUUAAAUAUAUAAUACAAUGUUACA